AUGAAACCAGAAAAUGAUUCACACGUUUCAGAAUUUAUUCUCCUGGGAUUUUCAGAGAAAUCAGAUCUGCAGUUCCUCAUAUUUGCGAUUUUUCUCUCCAUGUACCUGAUCACUAUCUUUGGGAACCUGCUCAUCAUCCUGGCUGUCAGCUCAGACCCCCACCUCCACACGCCCAUGUACUUCUUUCUGUCCAACCUGUCCUUUGCGGACAUCUGCUUCACCUCCACCACCAUCCCCAAGAUGCUGGUGAACAUAAAGCAGGAGUGUAAAGCUAUAACCUAUGGAGGCUGCAUCACUCAGAUGUGUUUUGUCAUGAUCUUUGGCGGAGUAGAUGAUCUUCUUCUCACUGUGAUGGCCUAUGACCGCUUUGUGGCCAUCUGCCACCCCCUGAACUACACAGCUAUCAUGAACCCCCGUCUCUGUGGGCUGCUGGUCCUGGCAUCCUGGAUCACGUGUAGCCUGACAUCCUUGUUCCACAGCUUUCUGGUUUUGCGAUUGUCCUUCUGCGAAGACUUAGAAAUCCCCAACUUCUUCUGUGAAUUGAAGUUGUUGGUCCAACUUGCCUGCUCAGACACCUUCCUUAAUAACGUGGGGAUGUAUUUUUCAGCAGUUCUGCUGGUUUGUGGUCCUCUGAUAGGAAUCCUUUACUCUUACUCUAAGAUUGCUUCUUCCAUAAGUCGAAUAUCAACAGUUCAAGGGAAGUAUAAGGCGUUUUCUACAUGUGUGUCACAUAUUGCAGUGGUCUCCUUAUUUUAUUGCACUCUUUUGGCUGUGUACCUGAGCUCUGCUGGUGCCCACAGCUCAGAGUCCAGUUCAACAGCCUCCGUGAUGUACACGGUGGUCUCACCCAUGCUGAACCCCUUCAUCUACAGUCUAAGAAAUAAAGACAUCAAGAGGGCCCUGAAAGCAUUUUUGUUGAAGGGAACAGCAAAAGGGCAAUUGUCUUAG